CCAGCUCCCAGGGGAGACCCCCCCCCCCCCCCCCCCCGCAUCGCCUCUCUUCUUUUGCAAUGUAUGCACCAACUGCUGCCUUCUCGGCCCCUGGCAGGGAGAGUGCAGGAUGCUCCAGCCACUGACGCGGCUCCCUCCAUUCCCAGCCUGCAGCCAGCCGUGGUCCUCUCUUGGAAAUUGACUCCAAGCAGAUCUGGAGUGACUGACAGCCCCAGUUGACUGCGCCCGGAGGGGUGGUCUGCAAAAAGGAAUCGUGCGGGUGUCUGGGGGUGGGAGGUGGGAGAGAGUGGGGAGGACGUAAGGCAAGACAGGGUCGGAGGUGGCAUGAGUGGGGGUCCUUAUGGGAAGGAAGGAAACACCUGAGACGUCCCUGGAAAAGUUCAAGAUUUGUGUAUUUUCCCGAGAAAGCAUUUUCUCUACACAAGGGAAAAACCAAAUAAGCGCGGCCCAUUUAUCUCUCCCCUGAGGGGACGUGACGGCGACGGUGAAGUAGGUGUGGGCAACUGGAAGCACUCCCUAGUUUGGUGACAGCCACCCUCCCUUUCUGCAACGCCUAACACCGGGGACUUUCGGGUCUGCGCUUUGGCAAAGAAGAGCUCAGAGCCAAGCGGAGGGGCUCGGCUCUUCUUCGACUUUCCCUAUUCUUGGGCACCGUCUCCAUGGCAGAUUCCGUCCCAGCCGCGUCGGACUCGAUUCGGCAGCCGGAGCCCGGCAGCUGCCGGGGGAAGUGGCGCUAAAACCGGACUGCACGGAGCCAGCCGGAGCCCUGGCGGAUGCUCUGGGGAGAGCUGGAGCUGGGAGGAGGCGGCGGCGAAGGAGGAGGAGGUGGAGGAGGAGGAGGAGAGAGAGAGCGCGCGCGAGGAAAACAAGGAGAAGAAACUCUGCCCCCUUGCCUAAGUGCAUUCCGCCCGGGCGCUCCAGAGAGUGUGGGGGUGGGGUGGGAGUCGCCUCAGCGUCGCCUGCGUGAGCUUUUGCACCGAAACUUUUCAUCCUCCGGAUGGAUUAAAGUUGCCUGGAUUUCUUUUUAAUAUCAUUAUCAAUUUUGAUUCGUGUGCCCCUGACGGAGGAUUUUCUACCGGGGCUGCAGGUCGACGAAAACCAGCAGAACUCAGCUCGCCUAGAAUCCUACAGACGUCUCCGAAAUUGUUCCCGGAAUUGGAAAUGGGAGUCCUCGACCGAUUUCGGAUUUAAUCAGGGCCGGGAGGGGAGCUGGGGGAGGGGGCGGGGAGAGUGGACCUAGCCCUCGCAUCUCUGGAGCCCGAGGCCGCAGGUUUCUCUCCAAGACUGCACGCGCUGCUCUGCUCUCCCCAGCAUCCGAGAACCUGCUGGGGCUCUCUCGAAGGGGGAGGUGGGGGCAAGCGCUCUUCCACCCAAUCCUGGAUCCACCUCCCCCGGGCCCCAGGUGGAGAGAGGGAUUCCAGUCCCCAGGGGGCCCCCGACGCUGUCAGUAGCCCCGGCCGGGUUGAACCUCUAAGGAGGUGGGGACUGCAAGAAGCUUGAAUUCCGGACCUCCCUCCCCCUCUCCACAGAUACAAAGUGGCCCCCGAUUGGUCUCUGUGCCCCCCCACACACACACACACAUACACACACACACACACACACACAAACACACACGCACGCACACACACACACACGCAGAGGUGACAGUUCGGUGCUCUGCCUGCCGGAGGUUGGGUCUGACCAGUCCUUAGAACUACGUCCCCUCCAGUCCUAGCCCGGGGCGAAGUAACCGAUCACGGGUCCUCCUCCCUCCAGCUUUACGGCCUCUACCAUGGCCCCCGGGAUGCCGGGCCGCGGCCCCGCCGCCCUCCUCUGCUGCUGCCUCUCCACGCUGCUCGCCCACGCUUCCGGCCGCUCUGCCCACCCGGCCACACCCAUGCCCCCAGAAGCGCCCGCUGCCCCGGUGCUGCCCGUCAGCUACCGCCUGUCCCACACGCGCCUGGCCUUCUUCCUUCGAGAGGUGCAGCCGCCGCCGCCGCCGACAGCCAACAGCAGUGGCGGGGGGGCCCUCCAGCGCUCCGAGCCCUUCGUAGUUUUCCAGACGAAGGAGCUGCCCAUCCUCAACGUGUCCCUGGGGCCCUUCAGCACCAGCCAGGUCCUGGCCCGGGAACUGCUGCAACCCGCCAGCACUCUGGACAUCCCCGAGAGGCUGACGGUCAACUGGAAGGUGCGGGCCUUCAUAGUGCACCCCCGCGUGCCGGCCUCGCAGCCCGUGGCCCAGGUCUUGUUCUACGUGGCCGGCCGGGACUGGGACGACUUCGGGGCCACCGAGAGACUGCCCUGCGUCCGCCUGCACGCCUUCCGCAACGCCCACGAAGUCAAGAGCUCCUGCCGCCUGAGCGGGGGCCUGGCCACCUGCCUGGUCCGGGCCGAGCUGCCCCUGGCCUGGUUCGGACCGCCCGCUCCGGCCGCACCGCCCCCGGCCCGGCGCAAGGCUCCGGAAGGCCUGGAGCCCGAGCCCGGCGGGGAAAGCCAGCAGGCCGAGCUCUACUAUAGACUGCACUCCCCUGACGCCAACGGGGGCUGUGGCGGGGAGGGGGUCCGCCGGGGCGGGGGAGGAGCCCGGGCCGAGGGCCCCACCCAGUACCCGCUGCUCCGAAUCGGCAGCAUCAGUCUUUUCCGCCCUCCGCCCAAGCGGGCUCUCCAGGAACACCGGCUGGACAGUAACCUGAUCAUCCGCCUCCCAGACCGACCCCUGAAACCCGGGGAGGUGUUAAGCAUCCUGCUCUAUCUGGCACCCAACUCCUCCUCCUCCUCCUCCAGCCCCAGCGUUGAACAUUUCACCCUCAGGGUGAAGGCCAAGAAAGGAGUAACCUUACUGGGCACCAAGGCCCGAAGUGGCCAGUGGCAGGUGACUUCAGAGCUACUCACUGGGGGAAAGCAUUCCACCGCCACCGUGGAUGUGUCCAGAAUUCAAAGUGCCCCCUUACUCCCCAGCAGGGAGGGCGAGGGACCCCUGGAGAUCCUGCAGCUGGACUUUGAGAUGGAGAACUUCACCAGCCAGUCCGUGAAACGUCGGAUCAUGUGGCACAUCGACUACCGAGGCAGGAGUCCCUUGCCCGAUCUAGAGAGGGCAGUGACUGAGCUGACCGUCAUCCAGAGGGAUGUGCAGGCAAUUCUGCCUCUGGCCAUGGACACCGAGAUCAUCAACACGGCCAUCCUGACUGGCCGGACAGUGGCCAUACCCGUCAAGGUCAUCGCUAUUGAAGUGACGGGCGUGGUCCUGGAUGUUUCAGCCCUGGUGGAGUGUGAGUCCAACAAUGAGGACAUCAUCAAGGUGUCCAGCAGCUGUGACUAUGUGUUUGUGAGUGGGAAGGAGUCGCGGGGUUCCAUGAAUGCUCGGGUGACCUUCCGAUAUGACAUCUUGAGCGCCCCCCUGGAGAUGACCGUCUGGGUCCCCAAACUACCCUUACACAUUGAGCUCUCCGAUGCCCGACUCAGCCAAGUGAAGGGCUGGAGGGUACCCAUUCUCCCAGACAGAAGGUCAGCUAGGGAGAGUGAGGACGAGGAGGAGGAAGAGGAAGAGAGGCGGCAGAACCGGGGCUGUACACUGCAGUACCAGCACUCCACCCUCCAGGUCUUCACCCAGUUCCACACCACGUCCUCUGAGGGCACUGACCAAGUGGUCACCAUGCUGGGCCCGGACUGGCUGGUGGAGGUGACUGAUCUGGUCAGUGACUUCAUGAGGGUGGGCGACCCCCGCGUGGCCCAGCUGGUGGACAGUAGCACUUUGGCUGGCCUGGAGCCUGGGACUACUCCGUUUAAGGUUGUAUCCCCUCUGACGGAGGCCAUCCUGGGAGAGACGAUGGUGACGGUGACAGAGGAGAAGGUCAGCAUCACGGAGCUCCGAGGCCAGGUGGUGGCCAGCCUGUCCCUCUCCCUCCGCCCUAGCCCUGGGAAUAGUCACACCAUCUUGGCUACUACAGCAGCCCAGCAGACCCUCAGCUUCCUCAAGCAGGAAGCCCUCCUGAGCCUCUGGCUGUCCUACAGCGACGGAACCACGGCUCCACUGUCCCUGUACAGCCCGAGAGACUACUCCUUGCUGGUCAGCAGCCGGGAUGAGCGGGUGGCCACCGUGACCCAGGACCGGGCCUUCCCCCUGGUGGUGGCCGAGGCUGAGGGCGAAGGCCUGCUGCUCCAGGCCGAUCUCACCAUUGCAGAGAGCUGUCAGAAAUCCAAGAGGAAGAGCAUCCUGGCCACAGCAGCCGUGGGGCUCCGAGUCCACUUUGGGAAUGAGGAAGAGGACCCCACAUAUGACUACCCAGGCCCGAGCCAGCCUGGUCCAGGAGGGGAUGGUGGAGAUGGCGAGGACCAGGUUAUGGGGGCCGGCUACCCGGGCACUGCUUCCCCUCAGGGGCCACCCACGCCGGGGACCGCCAGCCCGCAGACUCCGACAGAGGAUUUCCCCCCCAUCCCCACCGGCUUCACCCAGAUGCCCCGGGGGCUGACGGAUCUGGAGAUCGGGAUGUACGCCUUGUUAGGGGUCUUCUGCCUGGCCAUCCUCGUCUUCCUCAUCAAUUGCAUUGUAUUUGUACUCCGAUACCGACACAAGAGGAUCCCCCCUGAGGGCCAGACCAGCAUGGACCACUCCCAUCACUGGGUCUUUCUGGGUAACGGACAGCCUCUGAGGGCCCAGGGUGAGCUCUCACCCCCCGCCGGCAACCCUCUGGAGGCCGUGCCCGCCUGCUGCCAUGGGGACCACCACAGCAGUGGCAGCUCCCAGACCAGUGUCCAGAGUCAAGUCCACGGGAGAGGGGACGGCAGCUCAGGGGGCUCGGCCCGAGACCAGGCUGAGGAUCCGGCCAGUUCUCCCACAUCCAAGCGCAAGAGGGUCAAGUUCACCACUUUCACCACAAUGCCCUCUGAAGAGCUAGCGUAUGACUCAGUGCCCGCUGGGGAGGAGGAGGAGGAGGAGGACCUGAGAUGGGGCUGCCCAGAUGUGGCAGGGGGCACGCUGGCUGCCCCCCAGGACCUGCACAACUACAUCCGCAGAAUCAAAGAGAUUGCUUAGAUGUGUGUGCCCCUCCCACAACUACCCCGAGCCUCCACCCUGGCCCCACUCAGCUGCUUUUCCGGGAAGAGUCUGCCUCAGCCUCCCGGGCUUAUUCUGGGCCUUGUUGGAUUGGGUUUUAUAAAUCCUAACCUCUCCCCACCUCCCAGCAUUGGGUCAGGGCUGGCUCUGAAGCCUGGACCCCUUCCCUUUGCAGUCGGUUCUCCCUCUGGGGGACUAGCCCAGAGGAAGGGAUUGGAGGAGAGGUCCUAUCUUCCCUCUCUCAGUGUCUCCACUGCCUUUUAAAAUCUAAUGCUUCUUUUUUUCCCCAGAGAGUGGAGGCAGUGUGUAGACAAGAGAGACAAAAAUCGAGUUGGGAGAAGGAGAGAGAACCAUGGGCUUUGCCCUGUGUGCCCCUCCCAAGCUUCAUCUGUUCCCAGGGUUAUCCCUUCCUUGGGGUCUGCUUCCCUCUCCUCCCAUGUCCCCCAUUUCUCCUCCUUCCCUUUCCCCAAGCUGCACAAUGACUUUUCUCAAACCUACAUUCAGGGAUUUCUGUCCUGAGGAUGGGGACGAGGGGCCUCCCCCCAGCCCUCCUGAGGGAUGGAGCUGCAGAGCUGAAGAAUUGGGGCUGGGUUGGGAACUCAUAGCCCCUGAUAAUCUGGGAGACUCCAUCCCUAGGGAGUCCCUCCUCAGAGCUGGGAACCUCCCUAGGUUACUUAUGGGAGUCCCCGUGGGAGCUCUUGGUCACAAGGGUCAGCAGAAGGGGGUCAAGGUUGGAGUCCGACUCCGGCACCCUCGCCUUGCCCAUACCCUCCUUCCUGGAGGCCCGGGGCAGGGAACUGGUGUGUUGGCAGUGUCCGCUCUGUCCACACCCAUUCCCCUCCACCCUGGAAAUCUGUUGCCCAGAGAGGAGGCGCUGGCACUGAGACUGACCCAGAAAGGGUGAAGGAAAAAGGCAGAGAAGAGAGAAAAGGGGAGCUCCUUCUGCCCACGCUCUUGUGGCUUCCCCACAACAUCUCACCCCUGCUCCCAGCCCAAGGGCACUCACCGCCCUCUAAUUCCCAGUUAGGAGCGAAUUCUUCUAACCCUGUGAUUUCCUCAGCUAGGUCUUCACCACGCCUUAGCCACUUGUCAUGGGUUUGCCAGCUGUUUAUUCCCUUUCCGGGUGGGCCAGGGUGGGGUGGGAGGGUGAGCGAGGCGCUAGGAGAGACUGCCUUUCUCCCCUUCUGCCAACAGAGACCCCCAUGGGGUGGGUCCAAAGGCACCAGGAGACACAUUGUCUUUAGGGGUGGGAGCUGAGGGCACCAGCAUCCCCGCCCCUCCCUCCCCGGGACAGCUGGUUUGGAUGAUGUGACUUCUCAGAUGUGAUUUCUCCAUUUGGGUUUCUAACCCACCACUGUGUCUGAUUUUUCUUAAAUAAAUAAAUGGAAGAGACCAGGAUGGGGCUGGAGCAGAGGGACCCGGAGAACAGA